UGUCACACAGCAUUUUUCACACAAAAUCGAUCGAUAUGUUUUUACGCGUUUCGAAGUAUUAAUUAAUCUGAAAAAUAAGAAAAACCUUGUGCAACAACAAGAAUACCACAUAAAACAAUUAAGGUGUUGCAUUUUUGAAAACGUCAUCUCCCCAAAUCUGAAAGGCAAACGACGAGACAUAGUAAAAACGACAACAAUAAAACAAUAAUUGUGUGUUCGAGUAACAUAAAAAAGAAGCAGGAGAAGCAGCAGCAGCGAAAGAUUGCAGGAAGAAAGUGCACAAAAUGACUCAAAUAUUACCUAUACGCUUUCAGGAGCAUUUACAGCUCACAAAUGUCGGUAUUAAUAUCAAUUCGAUAUCGUUCAGCACUCUCACCAUGGAGUCGGACAAAUUCAUUUGUGUGCGUGAAAAGGUCAAUGAUACCGCACAAGUGGUCAUUAUCGAUAUGAAUGACACCAACAAUCCGACUAGACGUCCAAUUUCAGCCGAUUCGGCCAUCAUGAAUCCAGCUAGCAAAGUCAUUGCACUUAAAGCGCAAAAAACUUUGCAAAUAUUCAACAUCGAAAUGAAAUCAAAAAUGAAGGCCCAUACCAUGACCGAAGACGUGGUCUUUUGGAAGUGGAUAUCCUUGAAUACAUUGGCCUUGGUCACCGAGACGUCUGUUUAUCAUUGGUCCAUGGAGGGUGAUUCGACUCCACAUAAAAUGUUCGAUAGACAUUCCUCCCUAAAUGGUUGUCAAAUCAUCAAUUAUCGUUGCAACCCUAAUCAGCAGUGGCUUUUGUUGGUUGGCAUUUCGGCGUUGCCAAAUCGUGUGGCUGGUGCCAUGCAAUUGUAUUCGGUUGAGCGUAAAGUAUCACAGGCUAUUGAAGGUCAUGCCGCCGCUUUUGCUUCGUUCAAAAUGGAGGGCAAUAAGGAGCCUUCAACUUUGUUCUGUUUUGCCGUGCGCACUGCUACCGGUGGCAAAUUGCACAUCAUUGAAGUGGGUUCUCCGCCAACUGGUAAUCAACCGUUUGUUAAGAAAUCGGUGGAUGUCUUCUUUCCACCCGAGGCACAGAGUGAUUUUCCGGUAGCAAUGCAGGUUUCCUCUAAAUAUGAUACCAUCUAUUUGAUCACCAAAUAUGGUUAUAUUCAUCUUUAUGACAUGGAGACUGGCACCUGCAUUUACAUGAAUCGCAUAUCGGCCGAUACAAUUUUCGUUACUGCACCACAUGAGUCAAGCGGUGGCAUUAUUGGUGUCAAUCGUAAGGGUCAAGUUUUGUCCGUAACUGUGGAUGAGGAGCAGAUAAUACCCUACAUCAAUACGGUAUUGCAGAAUCCUGAUUUGGCUUUACGCAUGGCAGUGCGCAAUAAUCUGUCGGGUGCUGAAGAGCUUUUUGUGCGUAAAUUCAAUAAACUUUUUACCGCCGGCCAAUAUGCCGAGGCUGCUAAAGUGGCCGCUUUGGCCCCCAAGGGUAUUUUGAGAACGCCACAGACCAUACAACGUUUCCAACAGGUUCAAACACCUGCCGGUUCGACCACACCACCAUUGUUGCAGUACUUUGGUAUUUUGCUGGAUCAGGGAAAGCUGAACAAAUACGAAUCGCUGGAAUUAUGCCGCCCAGUAUUGUUGCAAGGCAAGAAACAGCUUUGCGAGAAAUGGCUUAAGGAGGAGAAGUUGGAAUGCAGCGAGGAGUUGGGUGAUUUGGUCAAGACAUCUGAUCUCACAUUGGCCUUGUCCAUCUAUCUGAGGGCCAAUGUUCCCAACAAAGUUAUACAGUGCUUUGCCGAGACUGGUCAAUUCCAGAAAAUAGUAUUAUAUGCCAAGAAGGUGAACUAUACCCCCGAUUACAUAUUCCUUUUGCGUUCGGUUAUGCGCACCAAUCCCGAACAAGGUUCUGGUUUCGCUUCAAUGUUGGUGGCCGAGGAGGAGCACUUGGCUGACAUCAAUCAAAUUGUGGACAUUUUCAUGGAACACUCUAUGGUGCAACAGUGCACUGCAUUCCUCUUGGAUGCUCUCAAACACAACCGUCCCAACGAAGGUGCCCUACAGACCAGACUCUUGGAAAUGAAUUUGAUUUCAGCUCCUCAAGUGGCCGAUGCCAUUUUGGGCAACGCCAUGUUCACCCAUUACGAUCGUGCGCACAUCGCCCAAUUGUGUGAAAAGGCCGGUUUGUUGCAACGUGCUUUGGAGCAUUACACCGAUUUGUAUGACAUCAAGCGUGCCGUGGUCCAUACACAUCUUUUGAAUGCCGAUUGGCUGGUGGGCUUCUUUGGCACUCUAUCUGUAGAGGAUUCCCUGGAGUGUCUAAAGGCCAUGUUGACUGCUAAUAUAAGACAAAAUCUACAAAUUUGUGUUCAAAUUGCUACCAAAUAUCAUGAACAAUUGACCACCAAAGCUUUGAUUGACUUGUUUGAAAGCUUUAAGUCCUACGAGGGUUUGUUCUAUUUCCUUGGUUCUAUUGUUAAUUAUUCGCAAGAUCCCGAGGUGCACUUCAAAUACAUACAGGCUGCCUGCAAGACCAACCAGAUCAAGGAAGUAGAGAGAAUCUGUCGCGAAUCGAAUUGCUACAAUGCGGAGCGUGUAAAGAACUUCUUAAAGGAGGCCAAGUUGACCGAUCAAUUGCCCUUGAUUAUUGUCUGCGAUCGCUUUGACUUUGUCCAUGAUCUGGUGUUGUAUCUUUAUCGCAACAAUUUACAGAAAUACAUUGAGAUUUAUGUGCAAAAGGUGAAUCCCUCACGUUUACCCGUUGUCGUUGGCGGCCUCUUGGAUGUUGACUGCUCGGAGGAUAUCAUUAAGAAUUUGAUUUUGGUCGUUAAGGGUCAAUUCUCAACCGAUGAAUUGGUAGAAGAAGUUGAGAAGCGUAAUCGCUUGAAAUUGUUGUUGCCCUGGUUGGAAUCUCGUGUCCAUGAGGGUUGCAUCGAGCCCGCUACCCACAAUGCUUUGGCCAAGAUCUACAUUGAUUCGAACAACAACCCUGAGCGUUUCUUAAAGGAGAACCAGUACUACGAUAGCCGAGUUGUCGGUCGCUACUGCGAGAAGCGCGAUCCCCACUUGGCUUGUGUGGCCUAUGAACGUGGCCAAUGUGACCGCGAAUUGAUAGCCGUGUGCAAUGAGAACUCUUUGUUCAAGAGCGAAGCUCGUUAUUUGGUACGUAGACGAGAUGCAGAAUUGUGGGCUGAAGUAUUGGCCGAAUCCAAUCCUUACAAACGUCAACUUAUCGAUCAAGUAGUGCAAACUGCUCUUUCGGAAACUCAAGAUCCUGAAGACAUCUCCGUCACCGUAAAGGCUUUCAUGACAGCCGAUUUACCCAACGAACUAAUUGAGUUGUUGGAGAAGAUCAUUUUGGACUCUUCAGUAUUCUCUGAUCAUCGCAAUUUGCAAAACCUCUUGAUCUUGACUGCCAUCAAGGCCGAUCGCACCCGUGUCAUGGACUACAUCAAUCGUUUGGACAACUAUGAUGCUCCCGAUAUAGCCAACAUUGCUAUCUCGAAUAAAUUGUACGAGGAGGCCUUUGCCAUUUUCAAGAAAUUCGAUGUGAAUACUUCUGCCAUUCAGGUUUUGAUUGAACAGGUCAAUAAUCUGGAAAGGGCCUACGAAUUUGCCGAAAGAUGCAACGAGCCCGCCGUGUGGUCACAAUUGGCCAAGGCUCAACUGGACAAGGGAUUGGUGAAAGAAGCCAUUGACUCCUACAUUAAGGCCGAUGACCCAAGCGCCUACAUGGAUGUUGUUUCAGUAGCCUCCCAAUCUGAUUCCUGGGAAGAUUUGGUGCGCUAUUUGCAAAUGGCCCGCAAGAAGGCCCGCGAGUCAUACAUUGAAAGUGAAUUGAUUUAUGCUUAUGCCCGCACUGGUCGUCUAGCCGAUUUGGAAGAAUUCAUCUCGGGUCCCAAUCAUGCCGACAUUCAGAAGAUCGGUGACAGAUGUUUCAACGAUGGCAUGUACGAUGCCGCCAAAUUGUUGUACAACAAUGUCAGCAACUUUGCCCGCUUGGCCAUCACCCUGGUGUAUCUGAAGGAGUUCCAGGGAGCUGUCGACUCUGCCCGCAAAGCCAACUCCACGCGCACUUGGAAAGAGGUCUGUUUCGCCUGUGUCGAUGCCGAGGAAUUCCGUCUGGCACAAAUGUGCGGUCUCCACAUUGUGGUGCAUGCCGAUGAGCUGGAAGACUUGAUCAACUACUACCAGGAUCGUGGUUAUUUCGAAGAAUUAAUCGCUUUACUCGAAUCUGCUUUGGGUUUGGAACGCGCUCACAUGGGUAUGUUCACCGAAUUGGCUAUACUGUAUUCCAAAUUCAAGCCAUCGAAAAUGCGCGAACAUUUGGAAUUGUUCUGGUCACGUGUCAAUAUCCCCAAGGUUUUGAGAGCAGCCGAAUCGGCUCACCUUUGGUCCGAGUUGGUAUUCCUUUAUGAUAAAUACGAGGAGUACGAUAACGCUGUAUUGGCUAUGAUGGCUCAUCCCACCGAAGCCUGGCGUGAAGGUCACUUCAAAGAUAUUAUCACAAAGGUUGCCAACAUUGAAUUGUACUAUAAGGCAAUUCAAUUCUAUUUGGAUUACAAACCACUCCUACUCAAUGAUAUCUUGUUGGUAUUGGCACCUCGCAUGGAUCACACCCGGGCCGUUUCAUUCUUUGGCAAAACCGGUCACUUGGCCUUGGUGAAACCCUAUCUACGCUCUGUACAAUCGCUUAACAAUAAGGCCAUUAAUGAGGCUUUGAAUGGUCUACUAAUCGAAGAGGAAGAUUAUCAAGGCUUGCGCAAUUCCAUCGAUGGUUUUGAUAACUUCGAUACAAUUGCAUUGGCCCAGAAAUUGGAGAAACAUGAAUUAACUGAAUUUAGACGCAUUGCUGCUUAUCUCUACAAAGGCAACAACCGCUGGAAACAAUCAGUUGAAUUAUGUAAAAAGGAUCGUUUGUACAAGGACGCUAUGGAAUAUGCCGCCGAAUCUGGUAAACAAGAGAUUGCCGAAGAACUGCUGGCUUGGUUCCUCGAACGUAAUGCAUUCGAUUGUUUUGCCGCCUGUUUAUUCCAAUGUUACGAUUUGUUGAGACCCGAUGUUAUCAUGGAAUUAGCAUGGAAACACGAUAUUUCCGACUUUGCCAUGCCUUACAUGAUUCAAGUUGUGCGUGAAUACUGCGCCAAAGUGGAUAAACUCGAACAAAACGAAGCGCGACGAGAAAAAGAAGACGAAACAGUUGAACAUAAAAACAUCAUUACCAUGGAACCUCAAUUGAUGAUUACAGCUGGUCCUGCAAUGGGUAUGCCACCACAGUAUGCUCAAAAUUAUGCGGCUGCUGGACAGGCGCCAGGCUAUGCGCCCAACAUGGCUUACCCUGGCUAUGGAAUAUACAAAUAAUCACAUUAAAUUGGGGCUGCACAAACACAAACCUAUUCCCGAUGAAAAGCCUUAGAAAACAAAAAAUAGAAGCUGAUGAAAAUGAUUAUCUUCCAAAACAAAAACGGAGUUCGAGGCAAUUAAGAUCGUUAAUACCAGUCUUAGUAGUUAGCCUUUUUAUUAGCAGCAACAAAAGCAACAUACCCGUACAUGAACACCUUAAUCAAUUUUCAUCGUCAUCAUCAACAUCAUCAUGGCCCUUGACAGCAGCUUCUGGUGUAGUUUACAGUAUUCUCUAAAUAUAACUAAAGGCGCUAUUAAACGGCAUGUAAAUGUCUUAUGACAUGUCAUUUUUUGUAUGCACAUGUAGUGGAAAAUGUUUGUCAAAAUUGUCAAUUUACAUAUGAUUCAUAAUUUUUGCUAUCUCAUCUGUCUGUUAUUUUCGUAUGACAUAACCUAAAAAUGUGAGCAAAAUCUGAUUUUUUUAUGCCUAAAAAUUGUUAAUCUUGUGAGAAAGCUGGUAAAAUCAUAAAUAAUGUGAAAACAAUUUCAGUUGGGUUUGCUUUCAUUCGACUGACAACAAAAACAGCUGAUUUCUUAAAGUUUCUGUCAGAAGGAAUAGAGCACGCUCUAAUCGAAAAGAAUUACAUUUGCUAUUUGAUAAUUUGACAUGUCAUAAGAUAAUUACACGCCGUGUAAUCGAGCCUUUACUACAUACACCUAUAUUUAUUAUUAGCAGAUCUUUCAAAACUAAUUCUCAAAAAACCCAACAGAAAAAAAAACAAAUACUUACCUACAGUUAAAGUUAUAUAAAGAAAAUUUUAAAUUGCGCUAAAUCGACACAUAACUUAAAAGAAUAUACAUAGUAUUUUUCCUUGAAAUAAGUAACGGUAACGCAAACAUUUAACAUGACGGAAGAGUUUUUAUCACCAUACAUACGAAAUAACAUUUUGAAUUUAAAAAUAUGAAUUAUAGAGUACAUAAUUAAAUAAAAUAUACAUAUAUACCUAUAUGUUAAAACAUAUGUUCAAUGUUCAUAAUAAGCAAGCACUACUAUGCACAAUAAGAUCGUCGUCGUAGCAAAACUACAUUCUCGAUACAUGAAUGAAGAACGAAACAAUAAGAAGAAAACAUGUUUAUACGUUUCUUUAAAUUUAUAAUUAAUUUGAAGUAAAAAAUAACUGUAAUUAA